GGCAGCAGGCAUUGGAAAAGUUGGCGGCAAGAGAGGUUGACGUGUCCUAAGUUUAUCUGGCCAUGUAGUGCUUCUUUCCUACGCCUGUUUCUCGGCGGCUAUGCUGUGGAAAGCUGUUAAUCUUCUCCUGCUUGCCCUUCUGUUCCUCCUCCUUCCCCUGCGUGACUGUGUGAGGCAGGAGUUAUUUUCCAAUUCCGUGUGGAAUGAGGCAACUAUAUACGACUUCAUAGAGGAUGACAUUUUCUUUGAGAUCCUGUAUCCCAAGGAGCUGGGCUACACCUAUCGCCUUAGACAAGCUAAGAACUUUGGCACCCCAUUUGAGCGCAUCUUCAAGGGGAUCCGACUGGUGUUAGCUGACCCCCUGGAGUGUUGCUCCCUGCCCUACAAUGCUCCAGAACUCCAGGGAGCGGUGGCCUUGGUGUCCAGGGGGGGUUGCUCCUUUGUCAGCAAGGCGGUGAAGGCAGAGCAGGCAGGCGCGCUGGCUGUGAUAGUGAUGGACAACGACAAGGACAAUGAUGAGAUGUACGUGGAGAUGGUGGAGGACAACACCAACAGAAAACCAAACAUACCUGCUGGUUUUCUCUUGGGCAGGAGUGGGUACAUGAUUGCCAGGACCCUGAGGGAUGAACAUGAGGAGGCUGCAAUAAUCAACAUUCCAGUUAACAUGACGUCCGUUCCGUUCCAUAAACUUAAUCAGCCACCCUGGAUACUGUGGUGACCCAGAGCUUCUUAGGUGCAGAUGUACAAACUGUGUUUUUCUGACUGGGAGUCUACCUCAGGAAUUUCCUUCAAUCUACAGUCAACAAUAAGGAAAGGAAUUAAGUUUACUAUUUAAAAUAUUAUCUGAGUUGGCAACUUGUUUGUGCAAAGUUAAUUUAACAGGGCAGCUCUUAAGUUUGAGUUCUGAUUUCUCCAUUAACAGGCAUAUGGUGGUGUGGGGAUGCAUUUUGUUCCUUAAUAAAGUGAUCAUGCAUAGUGA